CGACGAGCGCGACAGCGCCUUCACCUCGCUAACGCGACUCUUCCCGUCAAUAUGGAGGCACCCGUGGUAGGCAUGUCGGUUCUGGGCUGUCUUGUCGCCCUCCGUGGGUCAAAGCUCCUGCUGCGGCUGCAUGGUCCCGGUGGCCCGCCACCAGUCGCGGUCGACGUCGAGGGCCUCGUAAGACUGGCCGUACUUGCGGCGGAUUUUGCCGGCGCACAGCGGCCACAGGGUCAUACCUCGCUCAGCCAUGGCUCGCUGACUGCAGUCGUCGCCUUUGACGCAGCCAUGGUCGUCAUCAUGCUCUGCAGCGAGUCGGCUGCCGACGCAUUGUCUCCCUCACCUGCGGAAUCAAGACCCGCAUCGUGGCUCACGCCGUCGUUGUCGGCUCUGGCCAGUCUAGCUCUUCACGCCCGCGCCGUCCUGCACUUUCUGGCUCAGAACGUUUCCAAAGCCUCGCUCCGGGAACUGAUCGAUCUCGAGGCGCUGCGGGCGAAGCAGAUGCUCUCGUCGUACACCAUCCACGACAUGAUGCGUCCGCGGCUGGCGCCGACCAGUGGCGCGGCUAGUGAGUCCGGGCCAAGCGAUCCCAGGCUGGAUGUGGGGAUGGAAGAUGGGGAUGAUGACGGCGAUUCGAUUGCCACGGAUUGGGGCACGCUUGUCUCGGCCACCGCUGCAUCGUCCGAGGCCUGCGAGUCACCGCGAGUCACCAAGCGCAAGGCUCAACCCGCCCGCCGCCGCGGCAAUGCCCGCCAGCGCACCGCUGCCAACGACGUGCGCGAUGGGGUGCUUGCGGCGGCGGUGGCCGGCUCAGAGUGUGUCCACCCGCUGCUGCGUCCGCUCGAGCUGCGGCUCCGCGCCCUGAUGGGCAACCCACUGGUAGAUGCGCCGCUCGACGUCUGGCUCUUUGCGCCGUUUGUCGACGCCGACGUUCACGGCUCCGCGCUUGGCCUCAUCCUGUGGGACAUGGUCGACAACGAGCUGUUGGUCGAGUGGCGCAGGCCAAACACGCCACGUGCAGCGCUGGUUGGUCCACGUGGACCUGGCCUUCUCUGGGCGGCCAUCGAGGACGAGGCCGCCGUCCUCUUGCGCUACUCAUCACGCCGGCUCCGCUCGCGGCCUGCUGAGCAUCACGCUGCGGCUGCCGGCUCCGACUCGGACCCGCUUCCCAUGCGCCACGUGGCAGCCAUCUCCGAAGUCAUGGCGCUCUCGAUCGGCGCUACCGCGCCGCAUCAUGACCUACCGGGUCUGGCGGUCCUUGUUGCUCUCGUCGAGAUCUCCGACUCGCUCAUUUACACCCUUGUGGCCUAUCUCGAUGCUGAUGCCGCCAUCGUUGCUGACGACGCCCCUACUCCGUCGCAGUCACCGCCCACGACGCAGCAGCAGCAACUGCACCCCGAGCACGACAGCACGAGUCAAAGCCGCCACCCGCCGCUCGACAUCGCAGCUGCUGCCCCGAUCGACUCCAGCGUCCUGCACACCAUCGCCGACACAUUUAUGCUCCGUGGCCUGCACGCUCCGACCAAGACCACGCCGCGGACCCCGUCGUCACGCAACGUGUUUGUCGUUGUGACCGGCGACAUGCUUCGAGCCUCGCGUAACAAGCUUCGCCCUGCUCCACCGCCGCCACCGCCGCCGCCGCCAUCAAAGUGGGAGAUGUUUCGGAACGCGCUUGCCGUCAUCGAGUCGGACGACGAGAGCAACGACGGGACCGAGCUCAAGUACGUGUGGGACAAGGCGUGUUCUCGCUGGCUUCGAGCGCCGGUGACGACUGAGACGAUGCUCCCUCCGAAGAUCACCUCUGAUGGGCUCAUCAAGUCAAGGAUGCUGCUGAAGCCGCCACCACCACCAACAACAACACGGGCUACGUCAAGCGCCGCCUAUGUCGGGUUGUUCAAGCACCUGGGCGAGCGGGGCGAUGAGCAGCGCAAGCGCCAUCAAGCUGCUGCUUCGUCUGCAGCUGCCUCUGGCAACCAGGCUGGUGGAUGGGAGUGGGACGACAGUGAAGAUAUCUUUGCGACGGCACCGGCGCCGCCGCCGCCGGCACCGUCAUGCCCCCCGCAGUCGCUCAACGCCGACGACUUGUUUGCAAUGCAGCCACCGUCGUCGUCGUUGUUCUCGUCGCCAACGGCCACCGGCCUUGGAGACCUGGUCAAUCUGACGACUUGUACCUCGUGCUACGCACUGGCCGAGGGGCUGAUGGAGUCGUCGUGCGAGUGCAAGCGGGUGUUCUGCCGCGACUGCGCGGCCGAGGCCGCAAAGCGUCCGUGUGUGUUUUGCGAGGAAGAGUUACGGCCUGAAGCCAACGCGUCUGCGGCUCGGAUUGUGUCCUCGCUGCAGCCGAUGCUCCCGCGGUGCCCAACGUGCGCGGCUCUUGUGCAUGGCAUGAUGCUCCCGUCGCACAUCUCGAUCUGCACCCAGCACGAGCCGUGCCCACAGGGAUGCGGUGAGGCGGUGCGAGCGCUCGAUAUCGAACACCACGUCGCCCACGACUGCCCGGCCGUCACCAUGACAUGUCCCUAUGGCUGCGAGUACCCACGCGGCGAGCAGGGACGGCACGCGUCGGCAGCAGCGCCAGUCCAUCUCGACCGCCUCCACUCGCACAUUGAGACGCUCGAAGCGCGGCUGCGGUCGAUCGAGGCCAGGCCGGUACCGGUGCGGUAUCCAAAGGACGCGACCGCUUGUGCCGGACCUUGCAAGGAGAUUUGCGACGCAAUGCCGCUGAUGCUGCUCGCUGCGCUGGCGACGGCGGUGAUCGCGUGCUGGAUUCCGAGCGGCUUCCUCAACAAGGUCUUCAUCACCAUGCUGGCGCUCGGCGCCGUGGUGGUUUCCAACGCCGGACCUUGGGCCGCCCGCAUUCCGAUGAGGCAUGUCAAGCUACUUGUGGCAGGUUUGCUGGUUGUGGUGUGGUCCAGCUCGUACGCAGUGUUCAUCGGCAUCGUGGGUUUUGCCGCCAUUGAGCGGAUGAAGAGUCGGUGCCGUCGGCGCGUGGUUGUGUAG